UUAUUUAUCUUGACUAGAGAUGAGUUGUUAUAACUACAGGUGAGUUGUUAUAACUUAUAAAUUUAAGUUGACUUUUCUCAACUAUAUUUUAUAAGUUGUGACAACUAAUUUCUGUUGACAUGACUUGUAAAUCUGAGUUGAUUCAACAAAAAAUUUUAAGGCCGCAAAGUAUUUUUUACAGUGUAAAGAAUUAAUAUUGAUGAGUCUGAUGGAGUCUGGGGAGGCACUUGGAGUCUGGCCCCGCCCCUGCCUGUUUUUGGCAGUUUUAGACUGCAAUUUACAGUUUAAGACUGUUGCAAGUGUUUCAAUAAGAAAAAGGAAGGAAAUGACAUCAGCAGCUAUCAGCUUAUAAAACUGAAAACCUUACAAACCACUGCUGCAACUCCAACAAAGUCAGACAACUCCACACCAGUAUAUACUUGAAAUGAUGAACUCCAGACUCUCAUCUCUGAUCCUGCUGUUACACAUUCAAGGGUCUCUAACAUUGAACAGCUUUAAUGUGACCUGUGAUGAACUGAAUAUUUGUGCUGUGAGAGGGACACAGGUGAAACUGAGGUGCUCUUACUCAAACAUCAACAUCAAAACUGGAUUCUGGUUCAGCCAAAAACACAAAACAAACUGGAGAAACAAAGAUGAACCUGAAGAUUUGACUUUAGAUUCAGAUUACUCAGGACGAGUGUAUCAACAGACCAAAAACUUAAAUUCAUAUCUAACAAUAUAUCGCCUGCGAGAGAGAGACAGUGGAGAAUAUCAGCUCAUGUUCAUUAUGAAGGAUGGAGUUAAACAUCUCAGCUCAGUCACAGUCAAUCUAACAGUCACAGUUCAACAGGUGAAGAUUAAUCCUGAAUCUACAGAUAAAGUAAAACUGAUCUGUGAUUCCUCCUGCAAUUUAACAUCUGAAAAGAAAUACUCCUGGUACAAGAAUGAACGAUAUUUAAGAGAUGAAAAAUCAAAAUCCAUAUUUGUGUCAUCCAAUGGAAACACUGACAGCUAUUCCUGCUCUACAGGUGGCAGACACUCCGCAUCUUUGUGUCUUUCUGACAGUGGCUGUUUGGGUGUGACUUACACCUCUACAAGAGCUUGUGCUUUAGUGGGAUCAACAGUAGAUAUUCACUCUUCAUACUCACAUCCCACUGGAGAUACAGUAGUGAAAACAGUCUGGGGUUACUAUCAUCAUGGGGAAUUCAGAGAUAUGCGUGAGGAUCAUCGGUUUGCUGGUCGUGUGGAGUUUGUUGGAAACACACUGAGAAUCAAAGACGUCAACACGAGUGACUCUGAGGAAUAUCGAUUCAGGAUCAUCACUGACACAUCAAAUGUUUUUUUUGGUCAUGGAGUCAUUCUUACUGUUACAGAUACACAGGUGAUAAGCAGCCCAGACCCUGUGAUAGAUGGAGAAAAAGUGAUAUUAAGCUGUUCAACUCCAUGCACUCUGGAUAGCAAACAUACUUACAUCUGGUAUAAGAAUGGACAACAGGUAACAGAUGGAUUGAGAUUAUUAAACAAGCUGUACCUGGACUCAAUCAACAGUAAGGAGCUACAAGAGUAUUCAUGUACUGUAAGAGAAACAAUGAACUCAAUCCAAACAUUCUCAGUGUUUGGUCAUCUCACAGUCUGUCUGCUGGUGUUUCUGCCUCAGUUUCUCAUUUUAGGAGCUCUGUGGAUGUGGUUUUUCAUCAGCAUGAAGAAAUUAAAAUCUAAAAACAGAACUGAUGACAAACAUGAAGAGACUCAAGUGGUGCACAUGUCUGUGUGUAGAUCAGCUGAACUGCUGGAGUGAUGUCACAACUCUCUCUCUGACAUCAUCACCUAUCAAAAAAUCUCUCGGCAGCGACACCAUCGAUGCAGUGAUGUCACAUACAGUAACAUAAUAAUAAUGACUUGUGUCAGUGUAGGAUGAUACUGCAAUCUACUCGAUUACAUCUUUACUAAAUCAGACUGUUACUGAAUUCCAGAUAAAAAUGGCUAAUGUCUUACAUGGGUUUCAGUACUUACUGCUUAGAAAAGUAGGAGGGGACAUAUCUUAAAUCUCGCAAAACAUCUGAUGAUUUCUUGAAGUACAGUUAAAGGAAAUAUGCAAUUUAAUUCAAUAAACAAAAUUACCAAUGAUGAACAUUAAAUUAUCCUGCUGUACACAAGACGAUAACUUUCAAAAAAUAAUCAAACCAGCUCUGUACUGAACAUCAUUAGCCAAACUAACAGGCAUUAUUUCAUGUAUUCAGUUAUCAUUUCAGUUGUUAAAGUACAGUAUAACUAAUAUUUAUUAUAUAUUUUAUUUAGAUUAUUUUCUUUGAAUAAAUGUAUUUUCUCUCUCUCACCUUCAUGUA